AUGGGCGCGCGCGGGGGAGCAGGGCUGGCGGCGGCGGCCGGCUGGGCGCGCACUGCCGGGAUGGACGGCGAGCGCCUGGCGUCGGGCUCCUCCGAGCUGGCGGUCGGGGAGAGCCCGCGGGGCGGCGCCCCGAUCCCGAGUGGCAGCGGCUCCUGCAGCCUACUGCAGGCCGAUGUGCUGGAUCUAGACGAGGAAGAGGACGACCUGGAGGUGUUCAGUAAGGAUGCCUCACUGAUGGACAUGAACUCAUUUAGCCCUAUGAUGCCAACAUCCCCUUUGUCGAUGAUAAACCAAAUCAAGUUUGAAGAUGGACCAGAUUUAAAGGAUCUCUUCAUUACAGUUGAUGCACCAGAGAGCCAUGUCACUACAAUUGAAACUUUCAUCACUUACAGGAUCGUAACCAAGACAUCUCGUGGGGAGUUUGAUUCCAGUGAGUUUGAAGUCAGGCGACGUUACCAAGAUUUCCUUUGGUUGAAGGGGAAACUGGAAGAAGCUCAUCCCACUCUCAUUAUUCCCCCAUUGCCAGAGAAGUUUAUUGUGAAAGGCAUGGUGGAACGCUUCAACGAUGACUUCAUUGAGACCCGCAGGAAGGCACUACACAAGUUUCUGAACAGGAUCGCCGAUCAUCCAACUUUAACAUUUAAUGAGGAUUUCAAGGUUUUCCUCACUGCAGAAGCCUGGGAACUCUCUUCCUAUAAGAAGCAAGGGCCUGGCUUGCUGAGCAGGAUGGGGCAGACAGUCAGAGCAGUGGCGUCUUCUAUGCGAGGAGUGAAGAACCGGCCAGAUGAGUUCACGGAGAUGAAUAACUUCAUUGAAACAUUCAGCCAGAAAAUAAACUUGAUAGAUAAAAUAUCUCAGAGGAUUUACAAGGAAGAAAGGGACUAUUUUGAUGAAAUGAAAGAAUACGGCCCUAUUCAUACUCUAUGGUCCACCUCAGAAGAAGACCUGGUUGAUACGUUGAAAGGCAUUGCCAGCUGCAUUGACCAGUGCUGUAAGGCCACGGAGAAGCGGAUGUCUGGCCUGUCCGAGGCUUUGCUCCCUGUCGUCCAUGAGUAUGUGCUUUACAGUGAGAUGUUAGUGGGUGUUAUGAAAAGAAGAGAUCAAAUCCAAGCAGAACUGGAUUCCAAAGUAGAAGCUUUGACCUACAAGAAAGCCGAUGCUGAUCUGGCUUUGGGUAAUAAGCCUUUGUUUCUACUGAAUCAUCCAACUGGGAAGAAAUUCAUGGACAUGGAACAAAAAUAUUCAUAGGAGGAGAUAUGGAGACAGAGUUUGGGGCAGAGACUAAAGGAAAGGCCAUCCAGAGACUGCGCCACCUGGGGAUCCAGCCCAUAUACACACAGCCUCCAAACCCAGAUAAUAUUGCUGAUGCCAAGAAGUGCUUGCUGACAGGAGCCUGAUAUAGCUGUCUCCUGAGAGGCUCUGCCAGAGCAUGGCAAAUACAGAAGCAGAUGUUCACAGCCAACCAUUGAACUGAGAAUGGGGUCCCUAUUGGAGGAGUUAGAGAAAGAAUUGAAGGAGCUGAACUGAAGGGGUUUGCAACCCCAUAAGAACAACAAUACCAACCAACCAGAAUUCCCAGGGACUAAACCACCAUCCAAGGAGCACAUAUGGACAGCCCCAUGGCUCCAGCUGCAUGUGUAGCAGAGGAUGGCCUUGUUGGGCACCAAUGGGAGGAGAAGCCCUAAUGAUAUUUAAAAAAUAGAUGUUUCCCAGCUUGUAUUGUCAUUUUACUGAGGUACUGCCACACUGAUUUCCAUAGAUAAGAUUACUUUUAGUGGUUGAGAUACCCUGAAUUACUUCUGCCUAAAUUUGUAGGUUUUAAUUGAACUGUCUGUCUACACAUCUAGUUGUUCCUCAACUCAUCUAUUAAUCACCUAUAACUGUUUUUAGAUAACCAUCCAGAUUUGCCAGAGCAGCCUAUGGCCUAAUACUAUUUUCUCUGGUGAUUUUUUGAUGCUGUCUAUGAAAUAUACCUGUGUGUGUGUGUAUGUGUGUGUAUGUGUGUGUGUGUGUGUGUGAUUAUUCAACUAGUGUGUGUGUGUGUGUGUGUGUGUGUGUGUGUGUGUGUGUGUGUGUGUGUGUGUGAAUGUGCAUGUGUACUUAUGUGGAGACCAGAGAUAAACCUCAGAUUUCAUUUCUUGGGAGCCAGUUACCUAGAUUGUUUGAGAGGCUUUCACUGGACUCUCAGUCUCCCUGAUUUGGCUAGGCUUAUGGGCCAGUGAGCCAGGGAUCUAUCAACACAGUGAUGAUGUCACUUAAGUGCACCACCACACAUAGCUUUUAACAUGUCUGGCAAGCACUUUCCUGACCAAGCCAUUUCCUCAGCUCCCUACUUUAAAUGCAGUUCCUUUAAGACCUUGAUCUCUGGAUACCAUAGCAGUGGCAAACAGCAAGCUUACUCUUUCUGCAAAUUACCUCACAAUUCAGGUAUUUGAAUAUAAACUACUCUACGGACCUGAAAAUAUUCUUACUAGAGUUUGAGUCAGACUGAUAUCGCUUUCAAAGUAUUAUUCCGUCAUACAGAGUGAGGUGAUUGAGAUACCUAAUAAUACCAGAGGAUUUUUAGGAAGCCAAUGAAAGCAGUGCUCUUUAAGAAUGCUUUUGGGAUGGAAUGCCUUCUUACUGGCCUGAACAUAUUGAAUAUUGAAAUAGGUAUUCAUGAUCUUCCAGAGCUGUACUGCCCAAUUUGGCAUACAAGAGACAGGUGCCAUUGACAUAAAAGUUGAGUAAAUUAAAAUUAAAUCCAAACCUCAGAUUCCUCACUUUCACUAGCUGCAUGGCCAUAGUUGCCUGUGGCCACUGCUGCCAUCCUGUGUGGUUCAGAGUAGAGCAUUACUCCCUGUAGGGUGGCCUAUGGGACAGCCCUGUUUUCGAGUGUGCCGUAAUUCUAACAACUGAUUGUAAUCAAAGGGAAGUCAUUCUCAUGAAAUACUAGCUCCAAUAAUGAUUCAAAUAGGGGUGACGGAUGUCUAGAGACACAUCUGGGGAAUUUGCUUAAUUGAAGUGUAAUUUAUAUGCAGUAUCAAAAAGCAUAGUUACAGUGGCGAUCAAUCACCAGAUUUUUUUGGGGGGCGGGGAAUCUACACUGGCUUCCCAUCACUAUGACAAAAUAUAUGACGUUUAAGAAAGAAAGGCAUAUUUGGGGCUCAUGGGUCUAGAACUUACAAUCAGACACUGAUAGGCCUUGCUGUUUUAUUUUUGGACCCCUGGUGAGUCAUUACGUCACGGCAGUAGCAUCCAAAGCAUGCUGCUUGCCUCAUUACCAUGGCAGUAGAACAAAGAAGAGACGGGCAUCCUACAGUUCAGACUUGGGCAUAGCUCCAGUGAUGUAAUACCUUAAAGAUCCUACUGACUUUCUAUGGUGGAAUCCAAGCAUUCCCUGUGUGGCUCUUUGGGAAAUACAUUCAGACCUUCCCCAUGCAUUCUAUCACCUAAAUACCUUUGACCAUACCAUGCAGUACACGUUCACUUAAACCUGUGUUUAUUUAUCUGUACCUGUCUAAUCCUGCAUUCAGCCUCUUUCAUAAACAAGUUCUGAUUAAGCUAAAUGAAGAUGGAAAUUCCUCCGUGCAGCACCGCGAGCUGUCCUGUACCCACACCUGCAAGUUCAUCUACCCCAUCAGAGGUCAGAGAGCCUGGAGUCUGGGCAGUCGAUUUCUUUUAAAGGGUUUUAUAAAUGGACUGCUGGAAGCCUUAGAAAGAGAAGAAGCCUCGAUGUCUCUCCGCUUGUUUGAGGUGCUUGCCCGUGCAGAGGAUUCAAAGGGGACCUCAUCAUUUCCUCGAAUUGUGCUAUUUGAGUAAUUGGCUUUCUGUGCCUGCAGUAUACCGAGAAGCCAAGCCGUAAUUACUAUUUGAAGGAUGCUAAUGCUGAUGGAGAUGCUGGCUUCAAAAGUGAUUCAGCAAUGGGGUUUGUGGGUGCUUCCAGACUCAAGUUGUCAUUUUUAGAGAAGCCAUUGUGUACUAUUGAACACGUUACAUUUGGAUAAUAAAUCUGCAGUAAGACUUCAAGGAGCGAGGUUUCAACUUCUUGAGAACAGUGGGAAUUAUAAAGUAUGGUAAGAAAGGUACUACUUAGCAACCACAUGUGUGCCUCUACAGCAUUGUAUAAUCAAGCAUUUAAUUUCUUCAGACACAUCUUACCUCUCUUUAUGAAUCAGAAAAUAAUACAAUUUUAUUGUUAAGAGCCCUCUUCUCUCUCCCCUGCAAUUUAAUUAGUGCUUGUUAAGGGGAGGUAGCUGUCAGAUUAGAAUUUAAUUUUUUGAGUUAUCUAUUGUCUUCUGAUAGAGUAGCAAUCUAAAUCUUUUUAUUUAGGUAUGUUAUUUUCAAGAACUUUUCCGGAUGAUAAUUUCCUCAGCUUGUCUUAUUGUGAAGAGAAAGUUUUAACAUUUGAAUAAAUUUGAGUGGCUGGGCUUUUCCUUUUCCAUAAAAGGAAAUAACAGAGAAGUCAUUUAAAAAAGAAAACAAAGAUAUUUUGAGUAAGAAUAGUAAUUCUCAAAUUAAUAUUAUUUUAUUGAAAAUUUGGUGUUAUGUGCUUUUAUGGAUAGGAUCGUUCACAUUUUAAGUUUUUAUGGUAAUUUCAGGUAUUAAAUUUUUUCUUAGAGAAAUAAUAGGAAAGCAAGUCAAGCAUUUCACUUCUCCCAAGAUUAAUCCUUCAAUCUACAAUUUCCUAUAAUUUCCAUGUAACAAAAUGGAGAUGGUGUAAGUCAAAAUGUAUCACAGCCAUAUGCUGAGCACAGAGACAGUGGAAGCAAACUAGUCUACUGUCCUUCCUCCCCCAGCAAAGGACACACUCCUUAUGAAGUUUCUAUAGCUUUGAGCUUUCGUGUAAUGCUUGGCCAUGAAUUGUAAGACUGUCACAGGCAUGAUGAGAGAAACUGUGUUAUUUUAUCAUAUUUUUAACCCAAACUGUAAAUAAUUCUCUUUUACAAAAAUUUUCUAUUCUAAUUCCCUUGAGAGUAAGGGGAAGUAAGGCAGCAGUAGAUCUACCCUAACUUGAUGACCACCUCGGACUGAAAGUAGUGGUUCAAAGGGAAUUUGGCCCCAUGACAGAGCUUACAUACUAAUAGUAAAGUACAAGUAAACUGAAGGAAUUGUGGUUUGAUUGAGCAUUAAUUGUUAUAGGGCAUUGGCUGGAGGUGAAAUAAUUCACCCAAGAGUGAUCAUAGUAGAAAAGAGAUGUUUCCUCCAGUAACCUGCAGGGCAGCAAUGGGCAGGGCUAUCUACAAUCUGUCCCCGUUUCCCUGUGAGUUUCAUCAUUCAAUUCAUGGCAUGCAAAUUAGGGAAACCAUGUUUGUCUGUGGGAGGGCACUAACCCUCUCCCCAGUCUCAUUGGUUAAUUUGAUUAUCUGCUCAUUCAUGUCAUUUUUCUGCUCAAAGUUUGGGUAGAAUGAAGCUCUCGUUUUCUUCAGUGGUGUUGUCAGAAGUGGUUUCUGAACCAGGCUCAUACCUGAAAAGUCUCUCAUAAAAAACUUGUGCCCUUUUGGGUUUUUCUUUUCUUCUCUUUCUCCUUUCUUCUCCUUCUCCUUCUCCUCCUCCUCCUCCUCCUCCUCCUGCUCCCUCCUCCCUCCUCCCUCCCUCCUCUCUCCUUCCUUCUCCUUCAUCCUUUUUUCCUUCUUUCUUCUUCUUUUUUCUUUCUUCUUGCUUCUGCUUCUGCUGCUUCUGCUUCUCUUCUUUUUCCAAUUAUGCCUUUUACAUUAAAGAAAUAGUGGGAAAAGAUAGAAAUAUCAAUUUUUUUAAAGAAGUAACACCAUUUAGAAUGCAAAACUGCUCUACAGAGGAUUCUAUGAGGACUAAAUAAGCUGAAUUAAAGAACUCCUAGGGUUCAAAAUUGAAUAAUUAAUUCCAUUCUAUUUUUUCUAAGUCUCCUUUUCUAUAAUUCUAUAUGGUUUAAAUACGCUUUUUCUAAAAGACGUUUUAUAUCUUUAAUCAGCUGUACUUUUAUUGCUUUAUUUUUUUAAUCUAUUAAGAGAAACACCAGUAUAUGUAACCAUGGAAUUUUAUUUAUUUAUUUAUUUAUUUAUUUAUUUAUUUAUUCAUUUAUUUAUCCUGAAACAUAAUUACUUGCUAAACAUUUCUAAAGCUAGGAUUCCAAGUUGCCUUAAAACCACCAAACAGUUAAGAGGGGUGGGAACAAAAAGGGAGAAUUUAGAUUCAACCUAAUGAAAUUUACCUUUACUCAGGUAAUUUCUAAAGGGUUUUUAAUUUUAGUAAUUUGUUCAUUGAUUUUUCUGUGUGGACAUUCUUAGCAGCACUGAAUACAUAUCAGUUAUUCUGUGUAGUUUAUUCAAUGAUGAUACCUUAUACUUACUUUUUCAUUUGUUACUAGGCUGACAAAAAUCAUGGUGAUCUUUUUAGCAACAGAAAACACUUGCGUUGUUCCUGGUUCUCAAGUAAAUGCUUUCGAACUGUUUUCUUCACAAUGAUGAUCCUGUAUGUCUUAGUUUCUUUCCUAUUAAUAUGAGAUGACAUCAUGACCAGGGCGAGUUAUAAAAGAAAAACCUUAUUAGAGCUUAUGCUUUUGAAGGCUUGGUCCAUGUCCAUCAUGGUGGAGUGUCUGGCUGCAGGCAGGCAUACAUGGCCUUGGAACAGUAGCUAAGAGCUCAUAUCUUGAUAUACCAAAUGUGGGGGGAGGAUAGAGGGAGGAAGGGAGGGAGGGAAGGAGGGAGGGAGGGAGGAAAGAAAAGCUGGGAGGUAGGGAGUGAGAAAAAGCAUAUGUGAGUGUGUGUGUGUGUGUGUGUGUGUGUGUGUGUGUGUCUAUAUAUGUGUAUACCUAAGUACAACCUGCUCAGUCUGUAUAAUGUAACUUGUAUGUGUGGUUUCAGGGCUGCCCUUUCGUUAUUGGAUAACCAAAAGCUCUCCCAUUCUCAGUGUUCCUUAGUUACCUGUAGUCCUCUGUGUAGCAUUGAGGUCUCGUGGGCUUUCCCCAUCCAUGUUAGUGGUUCUAUAAGUCAGUGAUGCAGUGAGGAUAAGAAAUGUUUGCUUUUAAUAUUGGACAUUAUAAAAUCAGGACUCAGUGGUUAAAGGUUUAAUGAUUUAAUAGUCAACAACAAUGAUUCUCUCUUAGAGAAGCAAAUUUAAUUUCCCCUACAUUAUUAUUUUUCCUUAUUUUUAAUUGAAGAUAAAUUCUUCUUGUGUACAUUAUUACAUCUUGACCAGAGUUUCCCCUCCCUCCACUCCUCCCAGCUCCUCUCCUCCAACCCUCUCCUCAAGAUCCAUAAUGUGUUAAUUUCCCUUCAAAAGAGGGCAAGCUUCCAAGAGACAACAACGGAAAACAAAAUAAAAUACAAUUAGAUAAAGCCCUCAUGUUGAGGCUAGACAAAGCAGUCUGCUAGCAGGAAGAAGUCACAAGAGCAGGCAAAAGGAUAUUAUUUUUUAAUAAUGAUAGACCACAGGUAUUGAAGAAAGUUGGUCCAUGAAAGUAAACUGCAGGGAAGACUCUCUCUCCCUUCUCCUCUCUCCCUCUCUCCCUCUCUCUCUUCCCCUCUUUCCCUCUCCCCCUCCCCCCUCCUGCCUCUGAGCAUAAGCAUAUACAAAUGUAAUACACCUGUGAGCAGCCUAAAUGAAGAGGUCUUCAUUUCCACAAUGUAGUUUGUGAGGACUGCGCUUAGAUCAUGAGCCUCUGCAGCAAGUGCUUUCCUGAGGAGCCAUCUCAUCAGCCCUGAGAUUUAUUCAUAUUUAUCUAUCAAAUAUUUUGACAGCACUAUUGUCAGUCAAGGUAAUUAACUCCUCUUGAAUUAUGAUGCUAAAGUAUAUGUAUAUAACUCACAUUUUCUUCUGACACAUACUUGACAGUUAUAUAUAGUUCAAAGUUUGUGUAUUGUCAGAACAGUUUAGUUUCUGUCAUGUACAGGAUCCAGUGUGCAUCCGCCAGUAAACCUCAGACACACCAGUGUCUGAUGCAAACUUUGCAUUUGUUAAAAGCUCUCCAGCUGUACGCAACUGUUUUUCUAAUCCUGUACUUGUAACGUACUUGUGCUAGGAGUAUGUGUGCAUGUAUGCAGGCAUAUGUGCCUGGAUACAAGUGACUUAGGGUGUCCUGCCCUAUUGCUCUCUGUAGCAUCUCUCAUUGAACUUACAGCGAGACUAGCAGCCUUUAGUCUCCACCACCUACAACAUGAGCUUGUCUGGCCCUGCCCUGCUUUGCUUUUUACCCCAGUUCAUGUGCUUUUGCAGCAAAUGCUCCCUUCCUUGAGAACUCUGGUUUUUUAAGUUUCACAUGAGUGUCUCCACUCAAUCCAAGCCUGUGAUGCUACCUGAGACCAUGGUUGGGUCCUAUCCUGUGCUGUCACUGGGAACUAUGUCUUAGUUCAUGGCCCUGCAGCAGCAGGGGUCUGUUACCAACAAGGGACAGGUGAAUGUCUCUGGUCUGGACUGACGUCAGUAGACAUCUUUAGGGGGAGAUAAGUUGCAUUCAGAUGCAUGAUUUGAAACACACAUACACACACACACACACACACACACACACACACACACACACACACACACAC